AUGCGUAUCCUUCUAACCAAUGUCGUACGCAAUGUCGUACGGACCUCCCUCCAGGGCGUUUACGACAAGGGCACGGUAAUGCAGGCGCUGCUGAACAACGCUGGACUGUACCCGGCAUGGAGAGAUGGCUUGGCGUACAAUGACCUUUCCACUGCCAUGGGGUUCGGCAGGAGCUGCCCCUCCGCUCCCGAGCUGCUUCGUCUGGACUGGGCUUCCCCCCUGGCGCUGCUCAACUCGGCACGGUUCGCAUCGCGAGUUUACAGAAGCUACACGCUGCCGGCAACCUACCUCGGGCCUACCGGCGUCAUGAUCAAGAUCCAACCAGACUGGCUCGGCAGUGCUUACACCAAGAACAUAUACCUGGCACUGCGCGUCAAGGCUGCGGGCGACAGCGAUCUCGCAGCGGAAUUCAACGGAAAGCUGAACGUUCACGAGGCCGACAAGGACGUGGACAAUGACGUCAUGCGAAUUGGUGACCCCAGGAUCUCAUUCGUUAGAGCAGUGGAUCCGGGAAGCUCUGUGCUGCUCUUCAACUACAGACUACAUAUCCUGACCGGAGAUUUGGUGCAGGGCAACACCAUGGUAAUCAAGAUCUGCCGCUUCUUUAGUGCCGGGCCUAACGAGUGCGUCGAGGGCACAUCGCUUCCAAGCAUUAACAGGUUACAUGGAGAGAUAGAUGCGCAUUGGGAUUGA